GGGACUGGUAUUGAUUGUACUCUUUGCGAUCCUAGCGACAUAUACUGGUGUAAUGCUGUGUGAGGCCUGGAAAAUGGCAGCUGAUGUAUUUGAGGACUGUAGAGGACAUGUACAGAACCCUUAUCAGCUACUCGCUCAAAAAACCCACGGGAAAGUAGGCAGAUACACCGUAUCUACUUGUCUCUACAUCGGUCUGGUCGGAUCAUCUGUUGCAUUAAUUGUGGUAAAUGCCGAUAACAUGGAGACACUUUCCAAUGCUUUCGGAUACGAAAUUUACUCAUGCUACUGGAUGUUGAUUAUAACAGGGUGCAUUACUCCUUUAACCUGGUUCGGAACGCCGAAGGACUUCUGGUGGAUGGCUUAUGGUGCGGUAUCAACCACGGCAUUAUGUGUUGUCAUGAUAGUGAUUAUGUGUGUUUUGGAUGCCCCGAAUCAGCCGAACGUCCAGCACACAGACACUGACAUACAGAAGAUUACCUUAGGCAUAGGGAUGAUAAUGUAUGGGUUUGGGAUCCAUUCUAAUCUCCCUACGUUUCAAAUGGACAUGAAGAGACCGAUGGAUUAUAAAUUAGCAGUCAUCAGUGGUUACAUUAUUACCCUCUUCAUGUUCCUGCCUACGAUGUUGAGCGGAUUCCUUGUGUACGGGAAGAACCUGGAUGAUAACAUAUUGACGAGCCUUCCGCAUGGGGCGCUGUACUAUACUGUAGUUGCUGUGAUCACUUUACACCUAACACUGGCCCUCAUAAUAUUUGUCAACCCUAUUCUACAGGAUGUUGAGUUGUUACUCCACAUACCAACAGAGUUUACAUGGAAAAGGUGUGUCUGCCGGUCUGUAAUUGCCGCGUGUCUCUUGUUCCUGUCUGCGACAAUACCUAAGUUUAACUCUAUACAAUCCUUGGUUGGAGGGCUUUCAUUUUCCAUGCUGGGCUAUAUUUUUCCUGUACUAUGUUACAAGAAAAUGUGUCAAAUCUAUGCUGCUUUUAACUCUCAGAUGACCAAUACCGAUAGUCUUAAAAUGAUUUCUUGGAAAGAACAUAAAAGAGUAAUACCACUGUGGAAAGCGAUGCUGAACUACGGAAUCCUUGGUUUAGGGGUGUUAGCUGGGUUUGUCACAUCUUUGUCCGCCAUUAUCAGUAUCCUCAGUCCGGACUCAUUCUCCUUGCCCUGCUACAUCAACAUCGGCUGAUUGAAAUCCGGUUCACAACUACGAAUGCCGAAUCAGGGGUCAAUCAGGGUCAUAUACAUGUUCUGGUGACAUUUCAUUCUAGCAAAUCAUUGACAUUUUAUUCUAGCAAAUCGGUGACAUUUCAUUCUAGCAAAUCAGUGACAUUUCAUUCUUGGUUAUUAAUGACAUUUCAUUCUAGCAAAUCAUUGGCAUUUUAUUCUAGCAAAUCGGUGACAUUUCAUUCUAGCAAAUAGGUGACAUUUCAUUCUAGCAAAUCGGUGACAUUUCAUUCUAGCAAAUCGGUGACAUUUCAUUCUAGCAAAUCGGUGACAUUUCAUUCUAGCAAAUAGGUGACAUUUCAUUCUAGCAAAUCGGUGACAAUUCAUUCUAGCAAAUCGGUGACAUUUCAUUCUAGCAAAUCGGUGACAUUUCAUUCUAGCAAAUCAAAAAAAACUCAUCAAAUGUGUCAGUGUCUUAAAACAUGGGUAAAUUCAAAAGCAUCCGGGUAUUCCAUGGAGAGAUCUCAUACUGCUGAGAAUAACAUACUGGUCAGCCUUUAGAAAAUGUAUAAAAGCAUACACAGUUAUCUUUAUUUGACACGGCAAUAGUGUAAGUGACAUAGUUUAAGAUGUGCUAUGCAAUGAAUCAAUGGAAUUCUAUGGUGGCAGAGUUUUGCCAUCGACUGAUGACGUACGAGUUACGUAUGUCGACACAAUUUGAGAAGAUGUCGACAUAUUCUCAGUUUACGUCAACAUAAUAAUUUAUAUUAUAUCGACAUAUAACUGUAUUUUCCGAGAUGAUUUUGCACGAGAUUAAUCUCACAAGUAGACAAAAUCAGCUAGUUACGGCGUUAAUGCUCGGGUGGGACAUCGUCUUGCCACUAUGUUGCAAAGUUGUUCGCAAAUUACAAUCCGUGGUUAUAUUAUAGGGCUUUGCAACUAUAGCUAAUAUCUUUUAAACUCCUGGGAAGCAAACAGCUGGUGCUGCUAUUUCGGCGCUCACAGCUAGUAUUCAACAAUUCUAGCAUUGUCCAACAACGUACUCUUGUACAGCACAGUGCCGUGACGUGACUCGAACCCGCAACCCUUCGGUCACGAGCAAGGCAAAAUGAGGCUAAAUCAUGCUUAAACCUAAUUAUUAUAAGCUAUUAGUGAAUCGCAUGACAAUGUCUUGGAAAUAUAGCUUAACUACAUUUUGUUUUGCAUAAAUGAGUGGCACAUCUGAGGAUUAACAUUACAAAAAUCCGAGUUACCUGCUAACGUGAUACUUAUCUCGACAAAGUUAUCUCUGAAAAUGUAAAAAUAUGUCAACACAUGGAAAAUGCACAGUUAAUGAUAAUGUUCAUUAAAAAAAAAUGAACUCACAUACCCAAAAAAUAUAUACUAAAGAGGUUCCGAAGGAGUGGUGGUCAGGUAAUUAUGACAACCUGACUUUGUAAAUUUAAAACAAUUUUAGAAAUACUCUAGCUUUUAAAAAGUGUGUUUCAGGUUUUUUUUAAAUCAUAUAAGGAGUUUGUUUAACAUGACUUCCAACUAUCAAGAUGUUGGAGGCAUUUUUUUCCGAAACAUUCAGCUGUAUAGUAUAAUGUUAGAAAAUGUACGUGUCUCAGUUUCUAACCCAUAAAUGCUGUGAAUCAUGAUGUCACAAUAGAAGACAUGGUUACUGUAAAUUUCAACAAAAUUAUCAGUAUUAUAGAUGGCAAGUUAUAUCAAUGGUCAAGAAGAAUUUUAACACAUAUAGGGAGAAUAACUGUUCUAAAAUCUCUUAUCAUUGCAAAAAUGGAUCACCUGUUUAUAUCUCUCCCUACUCCAAGUAAAGACAUAUUUCAAUCAUUGAACAAUUUUCUUUACAAUUUUAUCUGGCAAUCACAAAUUGAUAGAAUAAAACGGUCAACAAUUGUUCAAAUCUAUAGUGGGGGUGGAUUUAAAAUGAUUGAUUUAGAAAAUUUUAUAUAUGGACUUAAAAUUACUUGGAUUAGGAGAAUACUUCUUUCUGAAGACAUUGAAUGGCUAAACAGGGAUUGAAUACAUUAAAAGUAUUCAUACAGAAAAUCAAUUUUGGAAAAAAAAAAUUGAAGCAUGGACCAAAGUGGCGGAAAUGACAAGUAUUAAAUAUUUUGAUGACCUAUUCAAAUCGCGGAUAUGGUACAAUAAAAAAUUUAAGAUUAAUAAUGACCACUUUUUCUAUAAUGAAUGGUAUUUACAAAAUGUAGUAUUUGUUGGAGAUAUAAUAAAAAUGGAUGGAGACUUUUUAAGCUAUACAGAUUUUAAAGAAAAGUAUAAUGUUACCACUGGAAAUUUUCUACAAUACAGAAGCAUUUGCCAAUCAACUAAAUCAUUUAUGAGAGAAAAUGAUAUAAGAUCAAAUAAUUGAUUUAUUGAAAGACCAUUUAUACCAUUUCACAUCAAUGUAAUAUUAAGGGGUAAAAAAGGAAGUAGAGACAUGUACAACACCCUCAUUAAUAGAAGAAAUCUUACUUAUACAGAAAAAGUAAAAUGGCUAUCUAACCAACUUUUCUCCACUGUUAACUGGAGAUCUAGUUUCUCGCUCCCUUUUUAAAUAACAAGCGACAGUAGCUUUCAAUGGUUCACUUUCAGGCUUCUUUCAAAAAUACCUCCACUUAAUUAUUAUUUGAAAGUAAUUGGAAUCAAACAAUGUGAUUUAUGUAAUUUAUGCCAAGAAAGCAAAGAAACUAUAGAACAUCUUUUUUUAUCAAUGUCGAAUAACAAAUAACUUCUGGCAAGACAUACUUAGAUAAAUAUACUUAAAAACUGACCAAACUUUCGAAAUAAAAGAAAAUAUUAUACUUUUUGGCAAAACUUCUGAAUUCCAAAAAUCCAUUCCAACUAAUAUCAUCAUGAUUCAUGCAAAAUUCUUCAUCUACUUCAGCUCCAGAAAAAAAAGAAACCCUAGUACGACUGAAUUUAAAAAAUAUUUGUUUGAUAUACAUGAGAUUGACAAAGAUAGCCCAAGGGAGGGGGAAAUUGAGACCUUUGAAAAAACAUGGGAAUCAUGGUCGAAUAUUUUCAUACCCUAAAGCUAAAACUGCUACAAGUCUAUACUAUCUUAUUUUAAAUCCUCUAUGGGUAAAGAAAUUAAUAAACCUAGCUAAAACCCGAGAAUACUCGAGAACUAUAUAUAGUAUAUAUAACAACAAUCAAGUAUAUAUUUACAUAUAGUAUUGAAUAUUCUAAAUUAUGUAUGUAUAUAUAUAGGUUUAUGGUAUUCUAUAUGAAUAAUGCUGUGAGAUGUAACUGAUGAUUGACAUAUAAUCUUAUAAGAUUAAAAAGAACUCACAUGAAACAUAUAGCUAUGUGUAUACAUGUUUAUGUUUUUGGUUUGUUUGUGUAUGCUUAUGCAUGUAUGUAUGUACGGAUGGAUAUAUGUGCACAUUCCUAGGCAUGGAUUGGAUAUAUGUGUAUAUGUGUGCAUAUCUGUGUGCAUGCAUGCGUGUAUGCAUGCAUAUGUGUAUACAUGUUUAAGCAUGCAUAUAUGUAUGUAUGCAUUCUCGAUUUUCACAUGUAUAUAUGUUCUGAUGACUUCCCUUGUAAUAAUGCUGUGUAGUAAUGAAACAGUUUAGAGAUCAAAAGUGACACAUACUGAAGUAUCCUUUUGGUUUGGAUUAUUGCAUAAACUACAUGUAUUGAUUUGUGCUACGUUUAUGCAUACAUGUAGGAAUGUGUGUAUGUUUACAAUAUUUUCAUAUGUCAUGUAUGUGUGUAUGUAUCCUGAGUAAAAGUAAAUGUGUUCAGUAUACAUAUAUGUGUGGCUGUGUGUUAGGGCUGUCGCAAUAUAUCGGAAAACAGGUAUAUCGCAAUACAAGGGUAUAUUGUUUUGUACAGAGAUGAAAUAUUGCUGUAUCU